UUCUGGAACUGAGCUCAAUGAAGAUGGUAAUUGCACCAAUUGCCAGCAAGGAUAUUACCGGACUCAGACAGUGCAAGAUGUGUGUACUAAAUGCCCGACGGGCAAUACCACACGUGAAAAAAAAUCUAAAUCAGAAGCGGAUUGCUACUUGCCUGACUGUCAAAGUGGAAAUUUCAUUAAUGCAACAGAUAAUAAUACAUGUCACAUGUGCCCUAUUGGUCAGUACCAGCCUGUCAAGUGGCAGUUUGAAUGUAUGAGAUGUAAUGAGAACUACACCACUAAAUCUGAGGGUUCAACAUCUGUGAAUAACUGCACAUUCUACUGUCCGGAGGGAUAUGAAGUUGAAUCAGCACAAAAUGAAAAAUGUCGAAUCUGUCCGCGUGGAACAUACCGACAGAACAAGGGAAAUGAGAGAUUUUCACCAUGUCAGAACUGUACACAAAACACAACCGAUGGUCCUGGUUCUAAAAGCAUGGCUGACUGCUCCAUUUCUAUUUGUACAGCUGGUCAAAAAAUUACAAAUAAUCAAUGUGAUGAUUGUCCAGUUGACACUUACCAGAAUGUCACCUUGCCAGAUUCAAACACCAGAUGUAUGAAUUGCACUGACGGCUUUGGUACGAUGACCACAAAAUCAACUGCAGAAACUAACUGUACAU